AUGGAUCAAAACAUUCUUACAGAGAUUAUCAAUUGCUAUGUGGAAGGACUUAUAUAUUAGAAAAUGGGGGAUAAGAGUUAAGCACUUAAAAAAAAUGGCAAGACAAUUGAAUUGAAUUCUAAAAACCCUUUGUCAUAUUAUUUAAGAGUUUAUUAGAAUAUUCUAUUGACUAGGAAUUCUAUAGAGCGAAAUAGGAAAUAAGGAUCAGGCCCUAAUAGAUUAUAAUAAUAGUAUAGCAUUGGAUCCUAAUAAUUCGAAUGCAUUUACUAACAGAAGUAAUUAAGCUAAUAAGUGUAAAAGGUGCUCAUUUAAAAGAACUUAAUUAAAAUGAUAAAUCAUUUAAGAUUACAAUAAGGCGCUUGA